GUGACAACGAUUGCUUGAGUCUCAUUUUUCGAAAAUUUCGUCGGAGAUUCCAACAUCACAAAAAAACAAUCAAGCGCUUGUUUAAGAUGCUACUGUUUCUUCUUUACAACGUAUACUUGGGAUUUGCUAUACAUAAAACCUGGAGGAGUAACACAUCUUGGUGUAAUGGACCUCGUUUUCUUGUUCUCAUAACUAUAUUAACAUACGUGAUUGUCCUUCAUUCUAAGGUUCUAAAACCCUAUAUCUACUGCAAAUUAGCCAUAUGUUUGGAACCAGUGACAAAGCAUCUAAGGAAAGUAUCUACGCUCAAAUAUUUUGAAAUAUUAGCAUGGUUGGUUGUUUGGGGCUGCGUUGUUCUCUUCCUCGUUUUAGACACAAAAGGCGACCGUUACAGGCUAGUGUCUGCUGCGGGAUUACUUAUACUAGUAUUUUUAGGUUAUGUCUGCUCAAAGCACAGACGAAAGGUGCGUUGGCGGCCACUGUUGUUCGGCGUACUUAUCCAGUUCCUUCUGGGCUUGGUGCUGCUUCGAUGGCCAGCGGGCCGUGAUGCCUUCGUAUGUUUUGGAAACAAAGUCACUGCUUUCUUGGAUGUCACCGACAAAGGUUCUACAUUCGUCUUUGGAUACCUUGUCAGCGGUAAAAUGGAGGGAGAGAAAAUUCCCGACCAACCGGCCAUAUUUGCGUUUAAGGUUUUGAGCGUGGUGAUCUUUUUCAGCUUUGUGGUGUCUCUGCUGUACCAUUUGGGAGUGAUGCAAGUGUUGGUGUCUCGGUUGGGACAGUUGCUACGUUUCACAUUGGGAACUACUGCUUGCGAGUCGGCGUCUGCAGCGGCGAAUGUUUUCCUGGGCAUGACUGAAGCGCCUUUAUUGAUAAAACCCUACCUUCCUCUUCUGACAACAUCUGAGUUACAUGCCGUAAUGACGGGAGGGUUCGCUACAAUUGCAGGAUCCGUCCUAGCAGCUUACAUCAACUUUGGGAUCAGUGCUACGCACCUGUUAUCUGCUUCCGUGAUGAACGCCCCUGCCGCCCUGGCAUUCUCGAAGCUUGUUUACCCAGAAACAGAAGAUAGUCAGACUGAACUUAACAACAUCAAAAUGGACAAAGGUUCUGAGGGAAGUGCUCUGGAGGCGGCUUGCAACGGUGCUUCUUCGGCUGUGAAAUUGGUCAGCAACAUCGCCGCCAAUCUCAUAGCAUUCGUGGCUUUCAUCGCGCUCAUAAACAAUCUGCUCAGCUGGUUUGGAUCCUUGCUUGAUUGGGAAGAGUUUAAUUUUGAGUGGAUCUUGUCGAAAUUGUUCGUUCCUUUGUCUCUACUACUCGGCGUGGAUUGGGAGGACAAAGAAAGAGUGGCUAAUCUAAUAGGACUCAAAACUGUGGUCAACGAAUUCGUCGCAUACAGACAACUAGCCACCUAUCAAGAGGCAAAAAUGUUGACCGCGCGAUCAUCUGCCAUCGCAACAUACGCACUGUGUGGAUUUGCCAACUUGUCUUCCAUUGGUAUUCAAGUGGGUGCUCUUGGAGCACUAGCUCCCUCUCGUAAAGCAGACGUUGCACGUAUAGCACUGAGUGCUAUGAUGUGCGGUUCGGCCACUUGCUUCAUGACAGCUUGCGUAGCAGGUACUCUGUUGACGCAUUGAAGAAGACUGGAGAAAUUUUCUAUUCUUUGGUUGAACCAAAGUUCUGUCACUCUUCAAAAAUGCAUGUAGCAUGCGUUGAAUUCACAACAGAUAUACGCACAAUCGUUAGUUACUAUUCUAAGUCUUCCUCUGCAGUCCACGACAGC